GGUUUGCUUUCUUUCUCUGUGUAUGAGUUGCAAGGAUAUAAAAUACCUGUUAUAUAUAAAUAUGUUCAUAAGUUAUCAACUUGAAAACACAUUAUAAGUAUAACGGUAUAUUUUAAAUUAACAGUGUCAUGUGUGUACAUAAAUGGAUGAAAUGCAUUGAUGUUAACAGGACAAAACAUAUGUAAAAAAUAAAAAAUAAACAAGAUUAACCUAAAGAGUUGAAAUUCUAAUUAAGAAAUUACAAGAUGCAUAAGUACAUUCAAUGUUAUGUGUUCAUAAAUUAUGAAUUAAAUAAUUUUGUAGCAUGGGAGAGUAAAAGUCCGAACUAGUGCAGAGCAGGAAGCAUUAAAAAAGAAGGAAAGGGCUGAAAAACUUGCACGUUACAGAGCUGGCAUAAGUAUUGUAUUUGAAAAAAGAAAAAAUAAAAUUUAUGAUGAUGAAUUAAUGAUGAUCACUGAACGCAUGCUGCUACAAAAUCCUGAUAUUUAUACAUUGUGGAAUAUUCGUAGAGAAGUAUUCACAAAUAGCAAUUGGAAUGAAAAAGAGUUGAAAGACCAUUAUCAAAAUGAACUGACACUUACGGAAAAUUGUUUGAAAGAAAAUCCUAAAUCAUAUUAUGUAUGGUAUCAACGAGUUUGGGUUAUAAAUUUUGUUGAGGAUUGUGAUUGGAAAAAAGAAUUAAUGUUAUGCAAUAAGUGUUUAAACUUAGAUGAAAGAAAUUUUCAUUGUUGGAAUUACAGAGAGUUUGUUGUACAGAAAGCAGGAAUUUCUCCUGAAGAAGAAUUAAAAUUUUCUACUACAAAGAUUCUAUAUAAUUUUUCUAAUUAUUCUUCUUGGCAUUAUAGAAGUCGACUAUUGUCAAAUCAAUUUUCCAAUUGUGAUCAAAAGCAGAUUGAUGACAAGAAAAAGGAUGAAUUGGAAUUGGUAAUGAAUGCCACAUUCACAGAUCCUAGUGAUUCUAGUGCAUGGUUCUACCAAAGGUGGUUACUAGAUACACAUGAAAUUCAUCCCAUCCUUUCCCAAGCAUUAAUAAUGGACAACAGUGUGAUUCUUUAUGUCAAUCAAAAUGUAUCAAUAGAAUCAAUAUGUGUACAAAUAAAUAAUGAAAAUGAAAGCAUUCAGUGGAAAUCUUGGCCAAAAACAAAGUUUUCAAAACUAUGGUUUGGAAAAUUUGAAAAACAGUUAACUGAGAUAAAGGAUAUUCAAAUUAAAAUUGAAGAAACAUUUUAUCCUUUGUAUUGUUCCAAUCAGAAAUGGAUAUAUAAAAAAAGAAAAUAUAAAUCCUGCUAUAACAAAGACCAAUUAUUGGAACAAUUAUCAAGUUAUAAACAGCUUUCAGCAAUGGAACCUAAUAAUAAAUGGGCUCAUCUGACAGCCAUUCUUUUAAUGAGAAAAAUUGAUUUUGUAAAAUUUUAUGAAGAUAUUUUAGCAAAUUUGAAUAUUCUUGUUAAUAUUGAUCCUCUUCGAUCUAAUUAUUAUAAGGAUUUACGAAGCAAAUAUGUAAUAGAUUACAAAUUAUAUAAAAUUUGGGACAUAGAAGAAGAUCAGGAAAUACAGUUAGAAAUUGAUCUUUCAGGAUUAAAUUUAACAACACUUAGUAACAAUGAAUACCUUAGUUUCUUUGAAGAAGUAAAUCUUGGUGCAAAUUCUUUAGUAGAUUCUUUGCACCAAUUAUCUUCUUUGCAAAAUUGUAAGAAAUUAUCAUUGUCAAGUAAUCAAUUGAAAAGUUUACAAAAAUUUCCAGUUCUAGAAAAUCUUGAAGUUUUGUCAUUAAGAAAUAAUGAACUAAAAUGUCCUGAUGAAAUAUUGCAGUUACUGGCAAAACAUAAAUUAAAGUCACUUGAUUUAAGAGAAAACCUUUAUGACUGUAAUAUGGAAGAAUUACAAAUUAAUAUAGCUCAAAUUAGUCCAAAUUUGCAACUAUAUAUAAAUUAAUUUUUAUAAUUCUA